AGUCAGUAGGAGCAGUCACCGCGCGUCCACGAGUUGAUGCGAACGAUUUGUUAAAAAUGUCGUCUCCGCGCCGCGAAUCGAAACAUCAAUACUAAAAAUACAAUCUGUGUUCAGUGAUUUUUUUUAUUUCUUAAUCCCCGAAAUACCAACAACCAUGUUUCGAAGUGAAGAAAUGGUAUUAUGCCAACUCUUUGUGCAGCCGGAAGCAGCUUAUGUGUCAAUGUAUGAGCUCGGAGAGGCGGGAAUAGCGCAGUUUAGAGAUUUAAAUCCACACGUGAAUGAUUUUCAACGUCGAUAUGUGACGGAAGUGCGGCGGUGCAGCGAAAUGGAGCGAAAGCUACGUUGGGUGAGCGGCGAGCUGCCGGAGCCGCCGCCGCCGCCCAAGCCUGCUCCAAGAAUCAUGAGCCCGAGGGAAAUUAAUAUCCUAGAGGAAAGAAUUGACUACAUCGAAUCUGAGAUCCAAGAAAUAACACGAAACGCACAGAAUCUAAAAACAGAUUACCUUUCUCUUAUCGAAUUGAAAAUCUUGAUAGAAAAAACUCAAACGUUUUUCCAAGACCACAGUGCCCAUAGGAAAAUAUCAGCUUCAGUACAAGUGUAUAAUAAUGAAGGAGUUAUAGGACAUUUGGGUUUCAUUGCUGGAGUGGUUGCUACUCCGAGAGUGCCUUCUUUCGAGAGAAUGCUUUGGAGGAUAUCACACGGUAAUAUAUUCUUCAAACAAGCCCAAAUAGACGAACCUUUGAAAGACCCUGUAACGGGUCACGAGCUACAAAAGACAGUAUUUGUCGUGUUCUUCCAUGGCGAGCAAAUAAAAUUGCGUGUAAAGAAAGUAUGCACUGGCUUUCAAGCGACUUUAUACCCUUGUCCAGCUACUUAUAAGGAUCAACAGGAUAUGUUAGCAGGCGUGGAGAGCAGAAUAAAGGAUUUGGAAAUGGUUCUAGAACAAACGGAACAACACAGACGCUUAGUGCUGACCAACAUAGCUAGAGACAUAAGCACUUGGAUGGUCGCAGUACGUAAGGAGAAAGCCAUAUACCAUACGCUUAAUAUGUUCAGUAUGGAUAUAAUAAAGAAGUGCCUUAUAGCGGAGUGCUGGGUGCCCAGACAGGAUCUGCCGCUGUUGCAAAAGGCCCUGGAUGAUGGAGUGAAAGCAAGCGGCAGUCCGAUCCCCUCGAUCCUGCACCACGUGCACACAACGGAAAUUCCGCCCACCUUCAACAGGACCAACAAAUUCACUAAGGGCUUCCAGAAUCUCAUUGAUUCCUAUGGAAUCGCCAGCUAUAGAGAGGUUAAUCCAGCACUAUACACUAUAAUAACAUUCCCGUUCCUCUUCGCGGUAAUGUUCGGCGACAUGGGCCACGGGCUCAUCAUGACCGCAUUCGCCGCCAUCAUUAUAAUCCUGGAAAAGCCGUUAGCCAAGAAAAAGACGGACAACGAAAUUUGGAACAUUUUCUUUGGGGGUCGCUACAUUAUAUUGUUAAUGGGAAUAUUUUCAAUGUACACCGGGUUGAUAUAUAACGAUUUGUUCUCGAAGUCUCUCAAUAUAUUUGGGAGUAGUUGGAGGAAUGUGUACGAUAAUGAUACUUUAAGGCAUCAUAGGAUGUUGGAAUUGGACCCGGCGCUCGCGUACACGCAGACUCCGUACCCGCUGGGAAUUGAUCCUGCUUGGCAGUUUGCGGCCAACAAUAUAAUAUUUCUGAACUCAUUCAAGAUGAAACUGUCCAUAAUAUUCGGCGUGAUACACAUGGCCUUCGGGGUAACAUUGAGUGUGGUAAACUUCAAUUACUUCAAGAGGCCAUACAUGAUAUUCCUGCAGUACAUACCGCAGAUAUUGUUCCUGCUUCUGCUAUUUUGGUAUCUGUGUAUCAUGAUGUUUAUGAAAUGGAUCAUGUAUUCGACUGUAUCAGAUGAUCCCGCAUACGACUCCGCCUGCGCACCGUCCGUGCUCAUAAUGUUCAUCAACAUGAUGUUACUCAAGGACACAGAAGUUCGUUCCCCGUGCCGUGCUGACAUGUAUACAGGACAACACGCCAUACAACGGACCUUUCUCGCUGUGGGAUUUCUGUGCAUACCCAUCAUGUUGCUAGGCAAACCGCUGUAUCAAAUGUAUAAGAAGAAGCGGAAUCCGGGUCCAACAGUAGAAGACGGUGAAUGCGAGAAGCCCGUGGAUCCCGAGGAAGGCAUCGGCGAGAUAAUGAUAACACAAGCGAUACACACCAUCGAGUACGUGCUCGGUGCCGUUUCGCACACCGCCUCGUAUUUGCGGCUGUGGGCCUUGUCUUUGGCGCAUGCUCAACUAUCCGCGGUACUAUGGCAGCGUCUGCUCCGCAUGGGGCUGGGCGGGGGCCCGCCCGCGAAGGCCAUCGUGCUGUACUUGAUAUUCGCGGUGUGGGCGUUCUUCACGCUCGCUAUACUCGUGCUCAUGGAGGGGCUGUCGGCGUUCUUGCAUACUUUGAGGUUGCAUUGGGUGGAAUUCAUGAGUAAGUUCUACGAGGGUCACGGCUAUGCCUUCCUUCCCUUCUCUUUCUCUGUUAUUCUCGAACAUGAUGAGGAAGACAUUAAAGUGAAACCGAACGGUACGCCCCAAUGACCCCCACUGUACCACACGGACCCCACGUCCCGGGACACGCUGGACCCUGAUAUAGAACAUCGCAAUUGGUCCAGCCAUUUCGCACCCACGUAUAUCUAACCACACGAAACCUGAAAUAUGCUCGGUGUUUGAAUACGUACCUAUUUUAUAGGAGACAAUUUUUUGCAGUGAUUUUAAAUAUUUGUUAUGAUUGAGUAAUUUUUUUAUUGAGUUUUUGUUUUUAUAAAAAUAAAAAAAUAAUCAUGGUUAAGUUUCUUGUUUUGUAACUUGAUUUUAAGUGCUUUAUAGUUAUUCAGUUGUAAUAGUAUAUAGGAAUAUAUGAUUAUUUAAAAUGAAAGUAGUGUAUUUCAGGUUUGAUAGUUAAUUAAAUGUGUAAAUAAAGAUUUGAUUCUAAUCUCUGACAAAUAAUUGUAUUAUCAUUUUAUUUAUGCGUGUGUGUGACCUUAAAGUUUCCUUUCUACCGUUCGGAAAUAUGUCACUAGUUGAAAUAUCACUAACCUCGAAAUUAUUAAAAUAUUCGUGUUAAAUUUUGAUACACGUCUAAUGAUCAACGUAUUAAAGAGCACACGAAAAGAUACGUUAGAUAUUGAUAAAAUUGUUUAUUAUAAUAUAGAAAGUUUCUUUAAAUCUUUAUCAUGUAAAGUGCCUAUGUAGAGUAUAUACCUAAUAGAGAUAGAAAGAGAAAAGAGACAAGCAAUUAAAGGAAGUCAUUUUUGCCUAAUUACGCUUUUUGAUAAUUCAAAUGUACCAAAAAUGCACGAAUAAUUUUAGAAGCACUAUUUCAAGGAAACGAGCUUAAAAAUAAAGAUUUUAAGAAAAAUUUUAAUAUAGACCUAGAUAUAAUAAAAAUCACAAAUAUAACAAACACAUUAUUUUAUCUAGCAAUGAGCAUAACACAGAUAAUGUAUUUUAUGAAAAUUUAUUAAGCUUUAGUGUAAAAUUUGAAAAUAUUAAAUAAUAUACUCGAUGAUCGACGUAUGUAGAUUAACUAAAUAAACAGUAAAAUCACUGCCGUAUUCUAAUGGCUCACGGAAUGGUUAAACAAUACAAAAUAUAUAUUGAUGAAUAUUGUGAGUUUUAUUUUGUUAAUAUACUUAUUACUUGUAAUUAUCUAAAAUAAAAAAAAUAAAAUGUGUGAAAAUUUAAUCCUUGCAGUCUUGUGCCUUCAAUUCUUCUCAUAUUGUACAUUUAAAUAUUGGCCUUAUUAUGAAAUAUUAGCAUUAUUAUCUUGAAAUCUAUCGUAUGGUCAAAUAGAUCUGUAAUUAUUAAGAAAUCAAGUUUAGUAAUGCGUAUUUUUAUUGUUGAUUUGUUCUCUUGUAUGUUAUAAUUAAACAUUAUUUUUAUUUUAGUAGUAAGUACCUAAUAUAAUUUUAAGCUUUGUUGUACACGUCACAUUACAUUUUAUAAUAUAGAAAUUCCCUAUAUUCUGGGAGUGAAUUCUUGUUCUCUGGAACUACUACAUUACCUACAAGAUCUCUGUAAAUUUCAUCUAAAACCAGUUUCAAAACUUCUGAAUAUGUUACGUUUUAGUUAUCUAACAGUUUAAAUGACUAAUAAUGUAUGAAAUUAUACAUCAAAAGUGUUAGAUAGGCUUUCAGUGCUUUUAACAGGAAGACGCGGAACUGAACCUUGAUGUUUUGUUCGUGUAUUUCGUUCGUGUUUCAGUUUUAUAACUUAUUGAUAUUGUUGUAAAGGAAUGAAAUAGCUUGUUUUAUUUAAAUUUUAACAAAUUUGUUUAAUUACCUUUCUUGUAAAUAUAAUUAGAAGGAUGUAAUUUCUGGUUUAUGUGAUCCAUGUCAGUCAUUUGAUUGCAUUAGAUAUCAAAAAAAUAAACUUAAGUGCCUUAAAUAUAGGGCUUAGUAAUUUUUGAGGUUGCACUUAGUAAUUUUAAAAAUAUCACUCUUUUAUAACGAAGCCUUAUUUUUAUCUAGUAGCUAGAACAUUACAAAAUCUAUCAAAAGUAGGCAGAGAAAAUACUUAUAUUCGAUAUGUCUCACAACUACAAGACAAAUGUAUACCUAGUACCUACUCUAAGUCCAGAUUUAAAAGAUGUCAUAGCAUUCUACUCUAGCUCUACCUAUAGCAUACUACAAAGCUUUGAUAAUUAAUUUGAUUAGCAUAAUAGAUUUAAUUAUUUUAGAAAGCACCAAAGACCGAUACUUUUAAAUAAUUAUAAAUAAGAACCAAAGUUGACUUGUGUAGUUAUACGAAAGUUAUUAAAAAAGUAUUGUAAAUACAUUAUAAGUUUGUCUUAUACUGAAUUUGUAUUUCAGCACUUCACUAUACGUAAGUCCAAUCCUAUAAAAAAUAUAUCAAAAGGUUUCACAUAUCGUUAAAAACAGGUAUUAUUAAGAACAACCUUUAUUCGAACUUAUUGACAUUAGUAGAACUCUCUUUAACAUGUAUAAUUUUAAAAGAAAUGUAUAAAACAAAAUACAUCUACACCAUUCCUAAAUAAAUAAAUCUUAUCUUAAA